AUGACCUUGGAGCACAAGCCCGGUUACAACUUCGAGGAGUACUACGAAGUUAUCAAGGUGACUGCCGCUAGCUACGACAGGAACAGGGCAACGUCACGCCGUCGGUCUGUCAAUUGGCAUGACAUUGAUGGUGACAACUGCGAUGGUCCAGACAUUGAGGCCCCAGCUGAUGGAGACAUUGAUGCAUUCAAUGUCAACAUGGACCCAACCACCCGGUUGCCCGAUGAGUUCUUCCGCCAACUCCCACGUGAAGACAAGUCCAUCUGGCACCGGCUGUCCCCCCAGGCCAAGAAGAUCUUGAUGGAGUCAUCCCCACCCAAGCCUGGUCCACCUGCACGACAGGCUCACCUUUCUGAAAUGGUAGAGCAGGAUGAGGAGAAGGAUCGCCCUGAACAAGUGGAUGACACACUACCACCCACCAUGGAAGCCAAUCAAGCACAAGCCAAGCCUGGAGCUGGUCCAUCCCACUCGGCACCCCAGUCCAAGUCAAAUGACCUGCACCCGGCACACCCAGCUCGAAUGAUGGGCACCAAACCCAAGCCACGUGAAGGUAAUCUUGCUGCUAGCCACCCGAGCAAUCGAUCCGCCCACCAUGCAUUCCACCGCAUGCUGGACAACGUUGAUGACAUUGCCUCCGGUGCUGUCCAUCCUUCCAAGCCUGGCCCUGAUCGAGCGGAUUUUUGGCUCGCCUUCAUCCAUCACCGCAAACGACUUUGGUGUGCCUUGAUGGAUCGAGGCGCCAAUGGAUUUAUCCUUGGCAAUGAUGUACGUGUUGUGAAUUUAUCUGGUACGUUCAUUGAUUUGAAUGGUAUUGACAAUCACACAGUUCGAAACCUCCAGUUGGCUACUGCGGUUGUGUCCAUGCGAAGUGAUCAUGGUCCCAUCCUUGGUCGCAUUCACCAGGGUGCUGUCAUGUAUGACGACCGUACCAUUGCUUGUCCCGGUCAGAUGGAGCACUUUGGUUGUUGUGUUCAUGAGAAAGCCAAGACCGGGACUGGAGUGGACCCCUACUUUGUCACACCCAAUGGUUUCAGAGUCCCCAUGGCCAUGCGCAAUGGGCUUCUGUAUGUCGACUGGCGGCCACCCACUGAUGCUGAGAUGGAAGACGACUCCAUCCCUUUGAUCGAUUUGACAAGCCCACACCCGUGGGACCCCUCAUGCCUUGAUUCGGUCCCGCCCGAUGAUUGGUAUGACACCCAAAGUACUAACAUCCUUGACGAUGCAGAGUCCCCUUUAGACAGCUUGGGCAGACUCCAGACUAUGGAUGACGAUGCCCUGACUCCAUCUCGUCCCACCCCCAAGCAGUCCAUUGAUCGUCGCGGUAUUAUCGCUGCCAUGGCCGACCUUGUCAAAGACGAUCUGGUCCCUGCCAGUGCUGAUGAUGUCCCCGCCCUCUUAUCCCGCCAGUGCCAUCAUUAUGACUCCAGCUCCGACGAUGAUUCUGACCUUGAGGAUGACUCUGACAUUGAAGAUCUCCAACAGUGCUUUGCCCGUGUCCCCGACCUUAUGCCCCCCUAUGACGACUCCUCUGGUGCUGAAGACUCAGACUCCUCUGUUAAUGAUUCUGACUCCAACACUGAGGACUUCCGCCAUUGUUUUGGAGUCCAAACCCGUGGCUAG